GGAGGGGGGGGGAGCGAGAGAGUGAGUGAGUGGCUGAGUGAGUUUAUCCCUAUGAGGCGGUGAGAGGCCCGGGGCCUACCUCAAAGGAGCGGGGUCGCGGCGCCAGCUAGCAGCGGGCCCCCUCCCGGUCCCCGGGCCCGGCGGCGCGGCGGCGGCGGCGGCUCGGUUUUGAGGAGGCGGGGAAGCGGGCGUCCGGCCCAAGCCAUGGAGGGCAUGGACGUGGACCUGGACCCCGAGCUGAUGCAGAAGUUCAGCUGCUUGGGCACCACCGACAAGGACGUGCUCAUCUCCGAGUUCCAGCGGCUGCUCGGCUUCCAGCUCAACCCGGCCGGCUGCGCCUUCUUCCUGGACAUGACCAACUGGAACCUACAAGCAGCAAUUGGCGCCUAUUACGACUUUGAGAGCCCAAACAUCAGUGUACCCUCUAUGUCGUUUGUUGAAGAUGUCACCAUAGGAGAAGGGGAGUCGAUACCUCCUGAUACUCAGUUUAUAAAGACAUGGCGGAUCCAGAAUUCUGGGGCAGAGGCCUGGCCUCCAGGGGUUUGUCUUAAAUAUGUCGGGGGAGACCAGUUUGGACAUGUGAACAUGGUGAUGGUGAGAUCGCUAGAGCCCCAAGAGAUUGCAGAUGUCAGCGUCCAGAUGUGCAGCCCCAGCAGAGCAGGAAUGUAUCAGGGACAGUGGCGGAUGUGCACUGCUACAGGACUCUACUAUGGAGAUGUCAUCUGGGUGAUUCUCAGUGUGGAGGUGGGUGGACUUUUAGGAGUAACACAGCAGCUGUCAUCUUUUGAAACGGAGUUCAACACACAGCCACAUCGCAAGGUAGAAGGAAACUUCAACCCGUUUGCCUCUCCCCAAAAGAACCGACAAUCAGAUGAAAACAACUUAAAAGACCCUGGGGGUUCCGGGUUCGACUCGAUCAGCAAAAACACAUGGGCUCCUGCUCCUGACCAAACCGAGCAAGAUGAGAAUAGACUCUCACAGAACUCUGUAAAUCUGUCCCCCAGCAGUCACGCAAACAACUUAUCAGUAGUGACUUACAGUAAGGGGCUCCACGGGCCUUACCCCUUCGGCCAGUCUUAAACGGGCAUCGGCAAGAAGAAAAAUUAACAAAAGACAGAAGGCCUGACUUUGGGGUGGGGGGGAGGACAGGGGGUUCCUCUGGAUUGCAGACCACACCGCAUGGACCCCUGGCUCUGACCGCCCCCCCAUCCUGGAAGAAGAGGAAGAAGCAGAACAGACUAGUUUUGAGUAAACUCAGUAUGCAUGUGUGAAUGCUGAAUCGCGGAAUGGUGUUGAGGCUACUAAGAAGAAACCCAUGCAGCCGCCUUGGGUUUUGUUUAUUAGGCGUCAGUCUAACAAGUCAUUAGGUCACUCGGGAAGGAAAAAAAGUUUCAAAUGGGGGAAAAAAAGCCAUCUUUUUAAACAAAAAUUAUUUUGCCUACAGACAGGUUGUAGUUUUGAGCACAUGUUAAUUUUUUCCCCCUUUCCCCACUUUUUUUUUUCUUUAGGUAAGGGAUAACGUACCCUUUCUAGAAUAGCUGCUUGCUCUGGAAGCGAUUCAGGUUACAAGCUGGCGUGGCAUGUUUGGGGACUCUGCGGGUCCGUGCCACAGGAAGACAUCUCCUGUGCCACCCGACUCCAGCAGUCUCUGACCCCAUUUGUUUUUAAUGGCAUCAGCCAAUGAGUUAUCAUCCUUUUCCUCUUCUUUUUUCUUUAAUCUUCUGUUGAUUUACACCUUUGACAUUUGUAUCCGUCAACCCCUGUGGCUUGUUACCAUCAGAACCUCUCUGAAGACCAAACUUCCCUGUGUGGCCAGCAGAGGAAGCCUUGAAGACAGACCUUGGGCGACAUGGGAGUUUCUAAGGCCGAGAGGUGUCCUUCUGCACACACUUAUAACAACUCAAAUUGCUUUUCUUCCAUGUUUCUCUUGGCAGAGAGAAAUGCCAUCACGCUUACUGCUCUUUUGGAUUCUUCAUACACAGCGGCUCCUCAUUCACUCUGGGAAGAGUGCCUCUGUGCUGCAUACGUGUGUGUGCCACGUGCACGCACACACACGGGUGUUGGUGCAGCUCACCAGCAAAGUGUGCAGCAGGCAGGUGGAAAGGUGUCCAGGCUUCUCUGUUGUGACACAACUCCCUUCCUUGUGUUUCCCUCCCAUUGUCCUUUGUGGUAUUUUCACAGCCUGUUCGCGGAGGCUGAGCUGUUAAGGUAUGGAGAUACAGCCCCAAGCAGGGAAUUGGCCAUGGGGAAGGGCCACAGUUACUGACUGUGUGAUUUUGGAGACCACAGUUUGAUGAAACAAGAGCACCCCCACCCUGAGCACGAUGCUUGGGCAGUAGUGGGAGGUGGUGGGCGAGGGGCAACCCAGCCAGAGCAGAGGCUACUUGGCUGGCUGCCCACUUGGGCAUGUGGCCCCACUGGAGUCCUGUGGAUUCCAAGCAGGUUGAGCUGUGGACCUCUCCAUGGGAAGCUUGAACCAGGCUAGAACAGCUGUCUGCCAAAGAUACAAGAAUAUGCAAAGUCCCUCUUCUCUUUUCUUCUCACCCUCUCCUUCCCUUGAGUCUUGGCUGGUUUGAUAGCCGGGGAUGUGGAUCUAGGGUGUGGUUGCAGGGUUACCUGCCUAUUAACCGCAUCCUCACCCACCUCGGGGGUGUGAGACAAGCUAGGAGACCAGGUGAUGAGCGGCUGCAAGGGGUCAUAGAGCCUGGGUGUGGGUGAGGGUCUGCCUGCCCGUCUGUCUCUGUGUGGGUGUCUGAGCUCCAGAAAUGUGUGCUCUUUGUUUCUCCUUGUCCUCUUCUGAGACUGUUGUUUUCUAAAGCUUGAUUGUGGGAGAAAAGCUUGUAUGAAAUUCCUCCUUCACAUCCCCACCUCCCCAAAAAUAAAAGGCAGGAAACCCUUUGGUCUACUGGAGAAGCGCUGGGGGAGGAUGGAGCCAACCUGCUGAGAAGGUUUGGCAGCUGGGUCUGGGGCUAGCCUAAGGCUCACAGAGGAGUGGCCAUUUGCAGUGCUUUCGAGUGCCCCAUUCCUGAGCAGAGUAGAGGGGCGUCCUGGUGGGUGCCCAGUCCAUCACUGGCCCAAGCCAGGGGCUCACCAUGACUUUUUGUCUGAGGGCCCUAUUGGGCCCAGCUUGCCACUACUGUUGGUGCCAACCUCCUGGGACACUGCCACCCUGGAGCCCACACAUGCCCAGCCCUCCAAACAGCACAUCUCUGGCUGCUGCUGGCAGGAUUGUGGGAGGCUUUACAUGGCCUGGUUUCCUGGCCUCCUCAUCUGCCCCACAUCUGGUGCCCCUUCCCCAUUUCCCAGGAGGGGCUGCCUGCCUUUAUUCAGCAGGGGCUUUCAUAGGUCACCAUUAGUGGGUCUGGUCCUGCCAGAGGCAUCCUGCUCCUCCUCUUGCUUGUAGGCAAGGUGACCGUCCCAAGCACGUUGACUCCCCUCCCAAGAGCAAACCAUUUCUGUGCGCAUUGUUGGAGAGGCGAGCUCCUUGCAGAGAGCCAGAGCAAGCCCAAGCCGUGCGGUAGGAGUCGGGAUUCCACGGCUCCCCCAGGACCAGGGGGGUACCAGUCCCAUUCAUUCUGUCUCCUCUCACUGGUUUGAGUUCUGAGCAGUGCCUAGAGCCCCUCUCCUCCCCUGCCUAGUGUGGUGGUAGAAGUGGCCCUUUCAGCCCCAGAAGGCAGGCUGCCUCUAGGCAGGACCACCAGUAUCCGGCACCCAUGAGAGGAGGCAGACGGCACCCUUAGGGGCCUGAGCCCAGCGAGGGAGGCAGAGGGGCUCAGGCCUGGGAAGAACCUAGCGUGUGCAUGGAGUGAGGUGUGUGUGGAUGUGUGUACGCGUGCAUGCCCUUUUUUUUUUUUUUUCCUUUUUGCCAUGGAGGCAGUUGAAUUCGGGGUAUUUUU